GCGGCUCCACGGCCACCCUGUCCGCACCGGGCCAGCGGGAAGAGCCGGAACGGAAACUUCCCGGAACCUGCGUUGCUGGCUCGCGCUUCCUGUAGCGGCUGGUCCUGUGCUGGGUUCCGGUUCCGGGUGGCGGCCGCGUCCUGAGCAGGGUCGCGGAGCGGGCAGGCAUGGGACACGGAGGUGACCACGGCCACGGCCACGGCCAUGGCCAUGACAAAGUGGAGCUCCCUGACUACAGGCAGUGGAAGGUGGAGGGGACUCCCCUCGAGGAGGUGCAGAGAAGGCUGGCUCAGAGGGGGCUGAGGGAUCCCUGGGCUCGUAAUGAAGCCUGGAGGUUCCAGGGUGGCUUUGCAAGACCUAUCACUGUAACAGAAAUAUUUACCAGGGGAUUCAAGUGGGGAGCUGCAGCCUUCAUCAUUGCUCUGGGCAUUGAAUAUUCACUGUUUCCUCCAAAGAAGAAUGGAGGCCACCACUGAAGAUCAAAUAUGACAACUUAAUACUUACUAAUUAUAAGCUGAAGCAUACAUAAGCCUGCUGCUCACUCUGUACUUAUAAUGUACAUAUUAAAGUCUAUCACAGGCAAA